CAGGAGGGAGACCGAGUGCUGAAGAGUGAAGACUCGGAUUUUCUCUUACCCUGUAAAACACAGUUGCCAGUGCAGGAAAACUGUCUCUGAUACAUGCAAGGGAACAGCAAGAUGCCUCACACCAGAGACUCUUCAUCUCUGACGAGCAGCACUCCCUAUGAAACACCAGCACUCUCAGAACUCCAGAAGCUUGUGUGGCUYGGAACAGCGUCUGAUAAUCACGUAGACCAAGUCUGGCCAAAUAUCUACCUGGGAGAUGCGUGGGCUGCUAGGAACAAAACUACGCUUCAAAGCCUCAACAUUACUCAUAUCCUUAAUGCAGCAGAUGGACCAUAUAACAUCAACACAGGAGCCAAAUAUUAUGCAGAUCUGCAAAUACAGUACUAUGGAAUAGAAGCAUUUGAUGARCCUUCCUUCAAUUUAAGUGUCUUCUUCUACGAUGCUGCCAAUUUCAUAUGCAAGGCCUUAAACUCUUCAGGAGGUAAAGUGUUUGUUCAUUGUGCCAUGGGAAUGAGCCGCUCAGCAACUAUAGUGCUUGCCUUUUUAAUGAUCCAUGAAAAYAUGACACUUGUGGAUGCUCUGAAGACUGUGAGUGCUCACAGAAACAUCUGCCCGAAUUUGGGGUUCCUCAGCCAGCUCCGGGACUUGGACAUUAAACUGAACGAAGAGAGGASAGGAACCAAAGCAUCUGCUACCACAUACCUGUAAGAGAGUAUUGCUGAAAGAAAGAGGACAAAAUCUUACUUGAUUUGCCUGUAUCUCUUAUAGAUUAACUGCAUUUAUAAA